AUGGCAUGGUACUCGCUUCUCCCCGCCGAGCUCCUCUACGUCGAAAGCUGGGUCGUCCGGUGCUUCUUCUUUCUCGGCCUUGUGACGAUCUGCCCAUGGCUGGCUCUCAUCAUUUUCGACAUGGCACUAUAUACCUGGCGACUGGUGACGUAUAAUAUUCCCUGGGUCGGCGGAAGGGCGAGAGGCAUGCAGCGGCCGAGAGCGCCGAGUCUGAAUGAGCUGCCCGAUCGCUUCGGGCUCAGUGCGGUGAGUGAAAAUGAGAAGGCAGGUCUAAAUGUGGGUGUGAGUGGUGGGGUCGGUUCAGAUAUCAUCGACGGUGGACUGAAGAGGAGGAUUGCGAGAGGGUCGGAGACCUGA